ACACGCGAGAAUGGACGCAAAGCCAAGAACAUAAUCCAGAUGAACGGAAAGGUGACGAAGCUCCUCAACCCCGACGAUGAAGCUGAUGUCAAGGCUUUCACCUACGACUACUCCUACUGGAGUUUCGACGGGAGCAAGGAGAUGGCCGACGGGUACUUCGCCAAGGAGAGCGACGGCUCCAAGUACUGCGAUCAGAAAAUGGUGUUCGAUGACCUCGGUGGGGGGAUACUCAAGAAUGCGUGGGACGGCUACAACUCGACCCUCUUUGCCUAUGGUCAGACAGGCUCGGGGAAAUCUUGGUCUGUCAUCGGCUACGGGGCCAACAAAGGCGUCGUCCCCAUGUUCUGCGAGAAAUUGUUUAGCGGCAUCAGCGAGCAGAAGGGAACCAAGGAAUUUGAGGUUCGGUUCAGCAUGCUGGAGAUCUACAAUGAGGUUGUGCGGGACCUCCUCAACCCCAGCAAGAAGAAGCAAGGGCUCAAGGUCAGGCAGCACCCGAAGAAGGGGUUCUAUGCCGAAGGCCUGAAGAUGGCGAUGGUGUCCAACUACCAGGAGAUUGAACAGAAAAUGAACGAGGGCACUGUAAACCGCACCAUCGCCUCCACCAACAUGAACGCCACGUCCUCCCGCGCCCACACCAUCGUCGGCAUCGAGUUCAUCCAGAAAUUAAUCUCCCCUUUUUUCCCCUUUAGCGAGCGCGUCGAGAGCACAGGCGCCACGGGAGAGAGACUGAAGGAAGGAGCUGGUAUCAACUUGUCUCUAACAUGUUUGGGCAACUGCAUCCACGCCCUGGCAGAAAAGUCGUCGGGAAAACCGGCUCGCGUUCCAUACAGAGACUCCAUGCUGACGAAGCUGCUAAUGAACGCCCUGGGAGGCAACAGCAAAACGAUCAUGAUAGCUGCUAUCUCGCCAGCUGAUAUCAACUACGAGGAAACACUGUCGACGCUCAGAUACGCCGACCGAGCGAAGCAGAUUAAGACGAAGGCGACGGUGAACGAAGACCCGACGGAGAAGUUGCUGCGAGAACUGAAGGAGGAAAAUGAGAAGCUGAAGAAGAUGAUGUCGGGAGGAAAGAUCGAUAUGGCCCUUAUUGACGAAGAGAAACUAAAACAGUCCAAGAUGGAGCAUGUGGACCCAUCCAUCGCCAAGAAAGAAGAGGAGAAGCAGAAGAAGCCGCACAUCUACAACCUGAACGUCGACCCUCUGCUCACGGGCCGAGUCGUCCAUAUCCUGCGGCCGGGAGCGAACACCGUCGGCAACAGGAAGGGAGAAGAAUCGAACGUCACGAUCAUUGGUCCCAGCAUCCAGGAACAGCACGCAGUCAUGACGGUGAACAAGGAAGGCAAAGUGAGCAUCAAACCGCAAAACACAGAGUGCCGAGUUGUGGUCAAUGGCUCCCCCAUCCAAGGCGAAACGACCCUGUGCCACAAUGACAGACUAGUCUUUGGAGGCACACAGUUCUGGCUGUUCCAGAACCCCGCUGACAGAGACAAGAGCAAGAUGAAGUACCCUGAAAUAACUUUCGAGUAUGCCCAGGAAGAGAUCGCGUCCAAGAGUGGCAUUGAUAUGGCCAGUAGCAAUGCAGACAUGUCGAAGGUGCAACAGGACCUCAUGGAGGUGAUGCUAGCAGUGGAAGAAGCCAAUUCCAUCUCUGAGGAAUUGGACAGGAUGGUCAAGUUUGAGAUUAUGCUCGUAUCCCCUCAGGUCCUCGGCCAGCAGGGAGGCAAAACCGAAAUUCAAGUGAAGAUGAAGAACUUGCAAAAUGGCACCGAGUUUGUGUGGCCGAAAGAGAAGUUCUUGAACCGUCUUUAUCUGAUGAAGGAAAUGUACACUAAUUAUGAAGAUGAUGACGAAUGGGAAAAACCUGAGGAAGAGGACCCCUUCCAGGAGUCUUUGGACACAGAGAUUCGCAUAGGAACUGCCCAAGUGAUCCUCCAGCCUCUUGCCCACAACAUCGAGCUCAACGAACAACUCGAAAUCACGAACUACAAAGGAUCUGAAAUCGGAAUCAUGAAUGUGGAGAUCGUGCCGUGCGACGCGACAGGGAAAGAUUACGUCGAGGAAGAUGACAAGUUCGUGGACAUCGCCGACGACCUGAUUGGCACUGACGUCUUCUUCAACGUCAGGAUCCUCAACUGCCGCGGACUGCCCAACCGAUACGCUGAUGUUUACUGCACAUACUCCGUUUACCUGGACGAGGAACCGACCAAAACCAAGAAGAUUUCGGACACAUCGAACCCGGACUUCAACCACGCCAAAAAGUAUUCAUUCACGCCCGCCACGAGACAGCUGGUGGAGUACCUGAACAACGGCAGCCUUGUGAUUAGCGUCAUGGGCAAGCAGCGGGUCCGCAAGUCGGCGAUGCCCCGGAACAGCGGCCUCACCACGAAGGACAUGCUGCGCUCAGAUCGGGCCGUCUUCGCCAAGUGAGUGCGGUUCGAGGGGAUGAACGGUCGAGUGGUCGAUCCCCAGAAACAGUCGAUCAUCGUCGAACUGCUGCUCAUGAAGAAGACGCAGGCUAGACUACAGCAGAAAGUGGACUCCAUAAGGAAGCUGGUAAAGGAAGCCGAGAACAUAUCGAAGGUCAGGGUAUCCACAUCCCUCCUGAAGGAAGUUCUGCAAGCUAACACUCCCGAGCAAGCAGACCUGAUCAUUAGGAAGAUUACAGCUGAGCCUGACAACGAGGAUGGCAGACCAUACAGCAGCCAGUCUAACAGUUCCGUGUGUGUUAUUCUUUAGUUUCCCUUCGUAAAAAUUCUCGUUAGUUUAAGUUAGUAUCGUGUAGAAUUUAUUUUACCUACGAGUAUUAUGUUAGGUGUAAGUAUUAUGAUCAGAAGAAAGAAUGGCCCCCCAAAAAACUAAAAAGAAAUUUUAAAAGAUAUAAAUUUGCAGUCAUACACUUGCAGAACAAGUAUAUAUCAGUGUUAUAGUCCACACAUGUUUGACCCAAUAACGUUUGCUGUAUAUAUUAGCAUGUAUAAGUCAGACAGACUUGCAAGAAGGUACCAUCACACUGUUUCGUUCUUACAGACAAGGUUUUAUGACUCAAUUGGAAUAUAAUUAUGUACAGUUUCAAUAUAUAUCUUAUUUUUCUCUAUGUAGAUAUUCAGGCUAGUGUAUGGGAGAAUGGGAAUAAAGGUAAUAUGACUAUUGUACAAAAUAAAGUGCACAUACAAAGCAAGUGAGAGAGUAUAAGACUUGCUACAUAUAAUAUGUGUUUAGCACUAUGAGUGACUCUACAUUAUGAUAUAGUACUGUCAGUUGUUCUCAUAAUCUGUUGUUAUUCCCGUGUUGUAAUCUUCAGGAAUGAUGAUAAAAAAAAAUAGUUUCAUAGGAUCACUUCAAAACACAAGAAGAUUUGACGGGAUUAACUCUAUAAGGAUGGAUAUGAAAAUAACAAACUUCAGUCUACGAUAGUGUUAUUAUUGUAUGACUGUAAGUGUGUGGGUAAGAAUGAAAAAAAAA